AUGCGGGAUGCGAAGCUGGAGCCCGACGUCAUCAGCUACAGCGCUGGGAUCAGUGCGUGCACGAAACGCGAGCAGUGGCAGCGGGCGCUGGCACUGCUCGGCGAGAUGCGUGGGGCGAAGCUGGAGCCCGACGUCUCAGCUACAACGCUGGGAUCAGUGCUUGCAAGGAGGGUGUGCAGUGGCAGCGGGCUUUGGCACUGCUCGGCGAGAUGCGGGAGGCGAAGCUGGAGCCAACCGUCAUCAGCUACGGCGCUGGGAUCAGUGCGUGCGAAGAGGGCCGAGCAGUGGCAGCGGGCUAUGGCGCUGCUCAGUGAGAUGUGGGAGGCGAAGCUGCAGACCAACUCAGCUACAACGCUGGGAUAA